UACUUUAAAAAACACAUUCAAUAACUAUCAUACAGUUACUGUAAUAGUAUAAUCUUAUAGUUAACUUAUCCAUAAAAUAAUAGCAUACCUAAACAAUUAUGUUAAUUUUUGGCCAAUUAGUCCAAAUUGUUUUAUUAGUAUUAAUAUCAGUAAAUAUUUUGCUAAUCAAAACUAGUACUGAUCUCUGCGAUGAUACUACUAUUACUAAUCCGACUACUUCUACCCCUAUCCCUACUAAAACUAGUACUACUAGACCUAUGUUGGGAACACUAUCUAAUAUAACACAUGGUAUUAGUUUUCCCGUAUCAUUGAAAACCAACAGCACUGGUAACAAACGUUUUUGCGGCGGAUCUAUAAUAAGUCCCCAUUGGAUACUAACAGCAGCCAGUUGUGUAUAUAAUCGUACAGUUUCUAGUUUUUACAUUAAUAUUCUCGGAGAGCGCUAUCCGGUCAACCAAACCGUUAUACACGACCAAUACUCGGCCGCAACUCACGAAAACAAUAUAGCAUUGGUUAGGGUUGACGGAUAUAUUGUGGACAACGUAAUGAACGAAAUAAUAGCAAUUGCUGAUCAAACACCUGCUAACUGGUCACCAGCUUAUCUACACGGCUGGGACAGGAUUAUGAAAGCAUAUAACGCCCGGAUAAUCGAUUUGCAACAGUGCACUGGUAUGAUGUUGUCGUCGAUAUCGGUCAACAAUACCGACAACAACAACACAAAUGCAACAACAAAUACACCGAUCAUUAAUAGUAACAAAGUUUGUUUGGUAACCGCUAAGGGAGAGGGUGUUUGUAAUGAUGAUGUAGGUGGUGCAGUAACCAUAGAUGUACCAAACCAAAGAGUAAGUCGUCCAAGUGGUCGAUUAGAUUAUAGUACAGAAAAAAUACAAAUCGGUAUCAUAUCGGUGGACAUGGCCUGCGGUAUCGAUGGCCGACCCCAAGUUGUUACCAGUAUUUAUCCAUAUAUUCAAUGGAUUACUAAUAAAACAAAUAUUCAUGCGAUUAGCAAUACUAAUAAUAACAAUACUAAUACUAAUCGACCAGAAAUAUGUUCAACUAAUAUACCCAGAUAUAGGUCCAGUUCCGGAUAUCAGGUAUCAUUGAAAACUGAAUUUAAUAAACAUUUAUGUGGCGGUACUAUAAUCAGUCCCCAUUGGAUACUAACAGCAGCCAGUUGUGUAUAUAAUCGUCCAGUUUCUAGACUUUACGUUAGUGUUGGUAAACAAGAUGUUGUAUAUAAUGAAAGCUAUUACGGUGUCGACCAAAUCAUUAUCAACGACCAGUACUCGCCAGUGACUAAACAACAUAACAUAGCACUGGUACGGGUCGAGCCCUACAUAAGUGACUAUUCACACGUACGUAUAGUUCAAUUGGCCGAUCAACCAGUUAUCGAGGACGGGACGAAAGCCGAAAUGACUAAAAGGGAAAAUAAUUUGGAUCGUAUAUAUCAAGUCCGGACAUUUGGUUGGCAACAGUGUAAGUCUAUAAUGACUAACAAUACCAUCACCACAAACACAACAAUAACAACAACAAACAUAGAUAGUAGUAAUGUUUGUUUAGUGAAUUACGAUACGUAUAGGACCUGUGAUGGUGCUGAAGGAGGAUCAGUGACAAUAGAUAGACCACAACAACUACCCGGAUAUUGUGCUGAUAGUGAAGGAGAAAGUAAAGAACGACUACUAAUAGGUAUCCAAACCGAUGACCUGUACUGCAAGUCUGGUCGACCCGAAGUUAUGCUCAGUAUUAACCCAUAUCUACAAUGGAUUAAACAGAAAACCAAUAUAAGUGCUGUUAGUAGUAGUAGUAGUAGUAGUAGUACUAAUGAUAAUAAUAAUAAUAAUAAUAAUAAUAAUAAUAAAGACAUUCAGCCGGUAAAAAACAUAAGUGAUACUCAGAUUUGGUUUGAUCCCAACAAAACUAGUCAUUUCCCAUUUGGUUUGGGUUAUACGGCAUCGUUGAUAGACAACCAAUUGAAACAACACUUAUGUAGCGGUAGUAUCAUUGGUCAGAAUUGGAUACUAACGGCUGCCAGUUGUCUACAAAAUCGUACCGUUUCAAGUAUUUUUGUUGGUGUCGGUAGAAAUGAUUACAAAUUAAAUGAUAGCUACUAUGCUGUCGACAAAAUCAUUAUCAACGACAAAUACUCACCGGUGACUAAACAAAACAAUAUAGCACUGGUUAGGGUUGAGCCCUAUAUUCGUAACAGUGAUUUAGUUGGUAUAAUACGAAUGGCCGAUGAAAAGCAAUUAGUUAUCGAUGAGGGAUAUCCGGCCCAUAUAGGCGGUUGGGGAUCGAAAACUAUUUGGUGGUUUCUACAUACACUCAAUGUAAACAUUUUUGGUUGGCAACAGUGCAAGUCUAUGAUAGCAAACAAUACCAUUACUACCAACACAAACACAACAACAAUCAUCGACAGUAGUAAUGUUUGUGUGGUGGCCGACAAAGGAAAGGGUGCCUGUCAUGACGAUGAGGGCGGACCUGUUAUUAUGAAAGUAAUUGAGAAACCAAAAGAUGAACCCAAAGAUAACAGAUUGUUUGGCCCAUUGAUAGGCAGAAUAUAUCCCGAAUAUAAGGUAUUAAUGGGUGUCCUAUCUAGCGAUCUGUCCUGUGGUCAGUCCGGUCGACCCGAUAUUGUUACCAAUGUUGCCGCUCAUCGCCAAUGGAUUAAAGAGAAAACUGGAAUCUAAUUAAACUCUUUUUUAACUGAAUAAGUGUUUAAAUUAAAUAUUUUCAAAAUUUGAAAAAUUAAUAUUUUAUUUUAAUAAAU